UGAAGGAUGCUAUUGGGCUGGUGGCUCCCAAUAUUACGGCAAAAGUAAUUCCAUGCGAAAAUCAACUGGAGUAUUCUGCAUAGAAGUUGAAACUGAUGCAGUAUCUCCAUUCGUCUGGCUGGAAGUUAAAGGAAUUAAAGGAACUUUUAGCAAAAAUGGAUAUUUGCAAGUUGAUCCAGUAGAAAUAGUAGAUUUUCAAGCAGCAGAUAAUAUGACUGCAGAUGAUAUCGCCAAAAAACUGAGAGUAUAUCAUUGCUAA